AUGAAAUUUGAUGAGCUUUUGUCUGAUCUCACAAAGAAAAGUCUAUUGGGGAAAGUUCUUGCAUAUAUGUAUACAAUUGAGUUUCAAAAGAGAGGAUUACCACAUGCUCACAUCUUAAUUUUCCUCCAUCCAUCUAACAAAUAUCCAACUCCAAGUGAUAUUGAUCGCAUUAUUUCAGCUGAAAUACCUGACCAAGAUACCAGUGAAGAGUUGUAUAAUUUGGUUAAAACUCACAUGAUUCAUGGCCCGUGUGGAUUUGCAAAUCGAUCUUCACCGUGCAUGAAAGAUGGAAAAUGUUCUAAAUAUUUUCCAAAACAGUUUCAGCCCGAAAUAAUUGUUGAUCAAGAUGGGUUUCCGGUAUAUAGAAGAAGGGACAAUGGACAUACAGUUCUUAAGAAUGGAAUUCAAGUCGAUAACCGGAAUGUUGUUCCAUACAAUGCAAAGUUGUUGACAAAGUACCAAGCUCACAUAAACAUGGAAUGGUGCAAUCAAAGUACAUCGAUUAAGUACUUAUUCAAGUACAUCAACAAAGGUUACGACAGAAUCACCGCUGCCAUUGUACCGAAUGAUGAUGGAACUUCCAACCAACCGCAGAAUAUUGAUGAGAUCAAACAGUAUAUUGAUUGUAGGUACGUUUCUCCGAGUGAAGCAUCUUGGAGGAUAUUCUCCUUUCCAAUCCAUGGUAGAAAACCAGCUGUUGAGAGAUUGUACUUUCAUUCUGAAGGUCAAAAUUCGGUAUAUUACCCUGAUUUUGAUCGUAUCAAUACAGUUCUGGAAAAACCAAGUGUAACUGAAUCGAUGUUUACAUCAUGGUUCGAAGCAAAUUGCAAGUAUCCUGAAGCACAAAAUUUAACUUACAGCAAAUUUGUUUCAAAAUUUGUUUAUGUUAAGAAAAAAAGAGAAUGGAAACCCCGUCAAAAAGGUUACAUAAUUGGUAGGCUUAUAUGGGUUCCUCCAACAACUGGCGAAUUGUACUAUCUUAGAUUGAUGCUCACACAUGUCAAAGGCCCCCACAGUUAUAAUGAUAUAAAAACAGUGAAUAACGUAAAAUAUGAUACUUUCCGGGAUGCCUGUUUUGCUAUGGGUUUUAUCAGCGAUGAUAGAGAAUUCAUUGCAGCUAUUAAAGAGGCAAAUCAUUGGGGUUCAGGCAACAUUAACAGGCCAAGACAUGUAUGGAGUAAAACAUGUCAUCUCUUAGCUGAUGGAAAACUAUAUGCUCAACAGCGAAUUGCAAACAAUAGAGGUUUGAGGUUGUCGGAUGAAGAGAUAAUGAAUUUAACAUUAGUUGAGAUUGAACGAAAUCUUCAAAGGAAGAGCCAAAGUCUAAAGGAAUUUGCUGGAAUGCCUUAUCCAAGUGGAUAUGUGGUUGAGCAGUUGGGAAAUAAGCUCAUAUACGAAGAGCGGAGUUACAACCCAGUCGAACAAUUGCAAGAAUACAAUAAUUUGUUCUUAAAUCUUACAGCUUCACUACUACUUCCAAGAGGUCGAACGGCUCAUUCAAUGUUCAAGAUUCCAAUACCUACAAUGGAGUCUUCUACAUGUAAUAUCGACAAAGGUAGUGAUCGUGCAGAGCUACUAAAAAUGGCAAAGUUGAUAAUUUGGGAUGAAGCUCCAAUGGCACACAGAUUUUAUUUUGAAGCGUUUGAUAAAACCCUUAAAGACAUAAUGGGGCGUUCCAAUUGUUCUGACAAAUUAUUCGGAGGGAAAGUAAUUGUAUUUGGUGGAGACUUUCGGCAAAUAUUACCAGUUGUACCAAGGGGCAGCCGUUCAGAUAUAAUACAUUCUACAAUAAAUUCAUCAUACAUCUGGGAUCAUUGUGUUGUGCUGAAGCUUACAAAGAACAUGCGACUCCAACAAGCCGACAAUACUUCAAGUACAUCUGAAUUAGAAUUGUUUUCUAAUUGGAUAUUAAAAGUUGGCGAUGGGAAAUUGGAAGAACCUAACGAUGGUUACACGGAUAUUCCUAUUCCAAAUGAUUUCUUAAUUUCUAACUAUGAUGAUCCACUAGAAGCCAUUGUUAGUGAAACAUAUCCGAAUUUGCUUAACAAUUACAAGAAUCCAGAAUGUUUGCAAUCAAGAGCUAUAUUGGCAGGAACAAUUGAAACGGUUGACAUCAUAAAUCAAUACGUUUUGGGAUUCAUACCAGGUGAAGAAAAGGAAUAUUUAAGUUCAGAUUCUGUAGACACUUUUGACGGUGAAGGAAAUGAAGCUUUUGAUGUUUUGACCCCGGAAUUUUUGAAUACACUUACAAGUUCCGGUCUACCUAACCACAAGAUUAAAUUGAAGAUUGGGACCCCUAUUAUGUUGCUUCAAAACAUUGAUCAACCUGAAGGUCUCUGCAAUGGAACAAGGCUUAUAGUUACAAGUUUGGCAAACCACGUUAUCGAGGCAAAGAUUAUAUCUGGAAAGAAUAUUGGAGGGGUUAUCUAUAUUCCAAGAAUGGAUAUGACUCCAACACAAUCUCCGUGGCCAUUCAAAAUGACUAGAAGGCAAUUUCCCAUAACUAUAUGUUAUGCUAUGACAAUUAACAAAUCUCAAGGUCAGUCAUUGGAUUAUGUUGGAUUGUAUUUGCCUAGAAGUGUAUUUAGUCAUGGUCAACUAUAUGUUGCAAUAUCAAGGCUCAAAAGCAAAAAAGGGCUUAAGAUAUUAAUCCAUGACAAGGAUAACCAUCCAUUGAAUUCUACAACAAACGUCGUGUUCAAAGAAGUUUUUGAAAACUUAUAG